UGCCGUCGGGUGAGGUCGCUUUGAUCCGACUCGCAGCCAUGUGUGAGUCUAUCGUGUAGUGUGUAUAUAUAUCUCGAUCGCAUCUCCGUCAUUAAUGGCUAACUGAUUGCCUAAGGAUGGAGAAGUGUCUACGAAGAUCAAAAGGGAUCACGGUCUUCAACAUCAUCUUGAUAAGGAUGAUAAAAUGACACUCCCGAACCCCCUAAAUUAAGAAGCUAAUCGUUCGGCAAUAGAAUUUCAAACACCAGAAACCGUCCUUCUGCCACUCACGUUCUUGCAUCACCACGGUUUGGAAUGCCAAGGAACGAGUGCCACUUGAGCGCCCCGCAUACCAGUGCCACGCCGGAGGAGUGACGCACUGACCAACGCGGUGCCGGACCAUUGGCACUCGAGACUUCCAUCAGAUUUCAACGAGAAUAAUAGGACGUUUCGAGUGACUUCUGUGAGGAUGUCAGAGGGGAUGUCAGGAGCUAAGUCCAGUGCAGAGAAGGCCAGGCAGUCACGUGUCUAAGGGGGAGUGCCAGUCGAGUAGCACCUUCAAGAAGUGAGUGUCGAGGAGGAGAAGAAGGUGGAAACUGAAAAUGCUUUAACCUCCACCGCAUAAAAAAAAUCGUAAAAUUGACUUACAAAACUGACGACAUCAAAACCGAAGUGAAAACAACACAAAAAAAAGAAAGAAAAUCACCCAAUCUGAACUUGAACCUCCCCCCCCCAUAAAAAAAGACAAAGAAUAUAUAUAACAAAACCAAAAACCCAAACAAACAAAGGACAUAAGAGUGACCAAAAAAGGGCAUAAGAGUGACCCCCCCAAAAUAGGGCAUAAGAGUGACCCAGGAAAAGGUGCCCCAAAACACAACGAAAAUGGUGGAUGGCCGAGGAACCGAGUCUCAGAGGCUAGACUGCGAGGUGGGGGGCGUACAUCAUGUGGUGUACAAGUGCACGCCGAAUGUACACCACAUCAUACGCACACAAGUUGGUGAACGUGGCAGGGUUCGGGACGGGCGCGUGUUUCCCUACGUGGCUCACUACCUAUCUACAGGUGACAUGCUAUAUCCUGCUCACGAAGGAGAGGUGAUGGUCAGUCGUCUCCUUGAGGAACUGACCCGACUUGACCUGGUAAAUGACCUACUUCACGCCAGGGGCCCCGGGAUGCCCUCUCUGACUUCCUGUGUUCCGAGGUCAUUUCAGUCAUCUAGCAACGGCAGCCGCAGGUUCACCAUCGGCGGCGGCGACGGAGACACCCUCAAAGUGCACACCCGCAGGCGACGCAGACUCUCCUUCGCGGGCCUCCUCACCCACAUCUUCCCCGCCCACAACGGCUCCACCUCCUCCGUCUACCGCCCGCCUUCCAACAAGGGCACAACGCUGGUGGUGGUGACAUGCUCCCUGCACCGCGCCACGGAGGUCACGGUGCACGGGCCGGCGGAUUCCCUCAGGAGUCUGUUCCCCGGGACGCCCGUGCUCACCAGCGACGCCACGUAUCCCCUGCUCGACUCCCGCGCCUCCCCGAGGGACGUGGGCGCCUCGGACCUGCUGGCGGCGCUCAGGGAAAAGGGAUACGUGUCCACCGUCAGGUCGUCCUGGGUGGUGCCGCACACAGGGGCGCUCAUGACCCAGUGGCUGGUGUACCGCCGGCGAGGAGGCUGGAGCGGAGGAGUCGGAAGCAGCAGGACACUGCCUUCCUCGAAGCGGUCCCUCCACCACGCCGCCUCCACCACCAACGUCCUGAGCGCCAGCACGGAGGGCGGAGGAGGCCUGGCCGAAGGCGGCGGGGCAGGGGGGACGCUCAGGCACCGGCUGAGGAACCGCAGCAAGUCCAUCAUGAGUCUGGCCACGGAGCAUCGGCCGACGCUCACGCUCAAGCGCAUCCUUAGCGUGCUUCUCUGAGAUCCGAUGGCCACGCCCCUUCGCUCUCCAAGUCUUGGGAUCCUUUUCUCGCCAUCUCCAAUUCCACUUUCGCCUAAACAUUCAACCAUAUUUUUCACAAUUUUUUUCACACCUAUCUACAGCACAUAUCUACGACUUGUCUCCACCAUCGCCCCCUUUUUUCCAAAAUGCUAGAGCCUCAAGACCUAAGAAUACCCACACUGCCUCUCUCUCCCCCCCCCCCAACCCACAGCAUCUACGAGCGGGACGGCAUGUGGGGCAUCCUCCGCCCUCUCCUUGCACCAGGGACAUCCUCAUCUCCCCCCCCCCACCCCAUCCGCUCUGUGGCUUGUGAUGGGGGAGGAUGCCAGUCUCUGUGACAUCAGUACGAAAAGCUCUUCAAGUGUAUAAGAGUUUUUUUCAGUACGGUUUUUUCACUUUUGAAAAUGGUUUUGUGGUCCUCGAAUGCAAAAUACGUAAAGGAAGGGAGCAAUAAAUAAAUGGGGGAAGUGGAGAGAAAACCAUGACAAGUAUUUCUACGACUCCAGCCACGUUACCAAAUAGAUCCUAUUUACCAACGCGACGCUUACGUGUUACGGGCGCGCGCAACCAGCACAGGUCAAUGAUUUAAUUACAUGUAUUCGUUUUACAGUUUGAUCUUCUUGAUCUGUCUCCUUUUCAUAAGUAUUACUUGUAUUACUUUCAUUUAAAUUGAAGUUUCAUUGGCAGGUAUCAUAUAAACUUAAGGCAGACGAGUCAUCCUUGGUAACUUACACAUUCUAACUUGCCAUGGAAACGCACGACAGAUGGUUGCCGAAGUCAUUGUGAUAUUUAUAUAUGGAUAUAUAUAUAUUUGGUGUUUUUAUAAUGCUGCCAAAAAUGAUCGUAGGUUUACUAUUUGUAUAUAGAACGGAACUGUGCGAUGCCAGUGACAGUAUACAACUGCAGUGUAGAUUAAAUAAUGUAAGAAUACCGCAGAGGGUAUAUAUAUAUAUGUGUUUCCUCGAUGUUUCCCUCAGGUCGUGUUCCUGUGCGUGAAGAAUGGUGCCUUCGUCUGACAUAAAUAUACAUAUCUUUAUGAAAUAAACACAAUAACCGA